CGGUGAAGAAUGUCAGCCACUAGCGUGGAUCAGAGACCUAAAGGGCAAGGAAAUAAAGGUGGGAAAACAUGAUGCACAGAUCUGUUGACUUUCCUAACUUGAUGUAGUCAGGACCAGAGCAAAGAAUCACCUGACUCCUAAGGCCCAUGUUCUAUCUUGAUUUGACUCUGCUUCAUAGAGCAGAGGAUACAGGCGAAGAAUCAUUUUCAGUACAAAACGGUUCGAUUCAUCAAAAAGAUGCUGUAAAUGAUGAUGAUUUUGAGCCAUACUUAAGUAGCCAGACAAAUCAGAGUAACAGCUAUCCACCAAUGUCAGAUCCAUACAUGCCUAGUUACUAUGCUCCAUCCAUUGGAUUUCCGUAUUCUCUUGGGGAAGCAGCAUGGUCCACAGCUGGAGACCAACCUAUGCCAUAUCUGACAACUUAUGGACAAAUGAGUAAUGGAGAACAUCAUUAUAUACCAGAUGGUGUGUUUAGUCAACCUGGGGCAUUAGGAAAUACCCCUCCAUUUCUUGGUCAACAUGGAUUUAACUUUUUUCCUGGUAAUGCUGAUUUCUCUACAUGGGGGACAAGUGGAUCUCAGGGACAAUCAACACAAAGUUCUGCUUAUAGUAGCAGUUAUGGCUAUCCACCUAGUUCUCUUGGGAGAGCUAUUACUGAUGGACAGGCUGGAUUUGGCAAUGAUACUUUGAGUAAGGUGCCUGGCAUUAGCAGUAUUGAGCAAGGCAUGACUGGACUGAAAAUUGGUGGUGACCUGACAGCUGCAGUAACAAAAACUGUAGGUACAGCCUUGAGCAGCAGUGGUAUGACUAGCAUUGCAACCAAUAGUGUGCCCCCGGUUAGCAGUGCAGCACCUAAACCAACCUCCUGGGCUGCCAUUGCCAGAAAGCCUGCCAAACCUCAGCCGAAACUUAAACCCAAGGGCAAUGUGGGAAUUGGGGGUUCUGCUGUUCCACCACCUCCUAUAAAACACAAUAUGAAUAUUGGAACUUGGGAUGAAAAGGGGUCAGUGGUAAAGGCUCCGCCAACCCAACCAGUUCUGCCUCCUCAGACUAUAAUCCAGCAGCCUCAGCCAUUAAUUCAACCACCACCAUUGGUGCAAAGCCAACUGCCUCAACAGCAGCCUCAGCCACCACAACCACAGCAGCAACAAGGACCUCAGCCACAGGCUCAGCCUCACCAAGUGCAGCCCCAACAGCAACAGCUGCAGAAUCGCUGGGUGGCUCCUCGGAACAGGGGAGCUGGCUUCAACCAGAACAAUGGAGCGGGCGGUGAAAACUUUGGUUUAGGUGUUGUUCCUGUCAGCGCUUCACCUUCUAGUGUCGAAGUGCAUCCAGUGCUUGAAAAGCUAAAGGCCAUAAACAACUAUAAUCCCAAAGACUUCGACUGGAACCUGAAGAAUGGACGUGUGUUUAUAAUUAAAAGCUAUUCUGAGGAUGACAUACACCGUUCCAUUAAGUACUCUAUCUGGUGUAGUACUGAGCAUGGUAAUAAGCGUUUGGAUGCAGCUUACCGUUCCCUGAAUGGGAAAGGCCCACUCUAUUUACUCUUCAGUGUGAAUGGCAGUGGACAUUUUUGUGGAGUGGCUGAAAUGAAGUCUGUUGUGGACUAUAAUGCAUAUGCUGGUGUCUGGUCUCAGGAUAAGUGGAAGGGCAAAUUUGAAGUUAAAUGGAUCUUUGUCAAAGAUGUUCCCAAUAACCAAUUACGGCAUAUUCGCUUAGAAAAUAAUGACAACAAACCAGUUACCAAUUCAAGGGACACUCAAGAGGUACCCCUAGAAAAAGCUAAGCAAGUGCUUAAAAUAAUUGCUACUUUCAAGCAUACCACCUCAAUCUUUGAUGACUUUGCACAUUAUGAAAAGCGUCAAGAAGAGGAGGAAGCCAUGCGUAGGUGUGUAUCCAUUCAUCCAUUGAAGGACGGCUGGAUUGUUUCCAGUUUUUGGAAGAUGAAGAGGAUCAUUCAGAUAAGCACUUCUCCUUCGAGAUAUGUACCUAACAGAAGCUUCCAAGUACCGCAGAAGACAUGCAAGAAUGUUCUUAGGAACACAAUCGAUGAUGGAAAGAAAUAGAAACAAACAAUAACCAUAUGAAGAUGUCCUGUUAGAUUACAACACUAAUGAUGUAGACUCUGGAAAUGCCUAAUAAGUCAAAGAAGACGUUAUUAAAGCUUUUUUUCUGCUUAAGGUGACAUCUUUGAACUCUUUAACACAAAAUUGACUCUUCUUGUAACGGUUUUCAUCAGCGCAUCUGCCCUUAUACUCUCACCAAACACACUUGAGAACUGUAACUUCGUCAAGCACUUUCUGUCCUGAAGCUUUUACCAGUAUCUGCUGUCUUUUGUAAUUAUGCAUCCUAGCUAAGGCACAGAAGACUGAAUGAAUGCAAGGAUUCAUUAACUCUUUGAAUUUGUUAAAUACUAACAGUUAACCAUUAGAAGUGGUUCAAUGAUGUAAGAGUCACACUGCUUCAACUUUUUCUUUGUUGUAGUUUUUAAAUUGUCAAUUUUUAGCUAUUUGACAGAUUAAAAAGCAAAAUAAUCAUGCCAUAUUUAGUCCUGGAGUUCAAGUCUAAAUGUUUAUGUGAAAAAUUAUUGUAGUUAACUUUUAAAAUGGCAAAGCAACCUUAAGCUCUAUUUUAGCCAAAUGAAACAUAAUCUGAAAUUAUAUUAGAAUGUUUCCCUGUCUUCAAACUGUUUGGUGUAACAGAAUAUUGAUAUGCAGCUUGGUGGAUUUCACCAGUUAAUGCACAUUCUUCUCCCUUCCUUCCCCCAAUAAUAUGUAUACUGAAAAAUGUGCAUUUGUCUGAGGAAUUAUUUUGUUUGCUACCACUUAAUGAAUCUCAAAAUUUUGAGUAAAUGUACCUCAGUCUAAUCAGACUUUUUAUGACCUUUAUAACUACAUUUAAAACCCUUAAUUCCUAUUUCUGGGUGUUUGCGAGCCUGAUUGCUAUCAUGAAGUAAAAAUUUAUUACUCUAGGUAUUCACUAGCUAAAUACACAUAGUUCUUGUUUAGCAAGCAUAUACUGUUUCUCAACUCUUUUCUCCAGCUUUUGCAGUGUCCUGGCAUCCUUAAAAUACUUUGAAAAUAUGGCCUUGAUCCAUGGAUUAAAUCAGUAUCUAAGUGAAUGUGUUGAUGUUUUAUUGAUCAGAUCUAUAUAAAUGGGAAUACAGCAUAUAUCUGGGUAUUCUUAUAGUUAUCUUUUUAACAUCUUAUUUUUUUCAUUAAUUACAUAUCAACAUUAAUUUUGUAUCUUGAAACAAAUUGAUUAUGUAUAAUUAAAUGUAUCAUGCAUCUGUAUUAACUGAUUUGAUGGCAUAAAGUUAUGAAGAUAAUGUACUGCCCCUUAUAUUACUGUUCCAAAAGGAGAAAGCUAUGUAGAAAGAUACGUUAAGAGUGAAAAUAGCAAUACAGUAGAUUUGAAUACCUUGAUGUUUUGCAUUACUCCAUUACUGUUUACAUCAUGUUUAGAAAUGUUUUCAUGUACUAUGGUCUUUGGUCACUUCAGUUCAAAAAUUUAGUGACAUAUUUCUUUGAGGCUUUCAUUUAUAUAAUUUUUUUUGUACAAUGUUUUCUUAAAAUGUACAAAUACUGUAUUCAAGUGAAAAAAAUACAGUAUUUGUAGAUAAUCAUAGCUACUUCACAGUUCUUUGGUAGUCCCAGUGUACUUAUAUCAGUGUUUACUGAAGGGAACAUCAAAAUAUUAAUGCUAUAUUACAAAAUAGAGACUUUCUUAAAGGAAAAUUGCACCUAUUUUACCUUUUUAAAGAGUAAGCCAUGAAAUCUUAUUACAUGUCUCUUAACUAUUUAUAAUGAAAAUUGGCAUUUGGGUAUAGUCACCAUAGCAGUGUUCUACAUACUUAAGAUUAUAUAGGUAGGACAUGUCAAAGAUGACUGUUGUCACUCUGGAGGUCUUAUCAGAGAAAACUGUAAAGGGGUGACCUUGUAGAAAGGAUAUGAGUCCUCUCUCUGAGGUUCUCUUUUUCUUGGUGCUUUAUUAGCAACUCUGAAUAUUUUUAUAAAACUAGUUACAUUAUAAAUGGAUUCAAAUUUGUUUAAUUUACAUUAGGUUUUUAUGUAAGAAGUGUCAGGGAAACAUUCAGUAGGCAGGCUGAUUGCAGUAGCAGACUCAGAAAUGUCAAAUGUAAUUGAGUAGUCUGUUCAUGGUGAGGAGUACAUCCCAGUGCCUUUAACUUGGAUUUCUAAUAUUAAGUGAAAUGGGUGCAGCAUUCCUUUGGGGAAAAAAAACUUUAUCUUUUCAAUUGGUAAUUUUUUUUCUCAUUGAAGUUUUCUUCAGAGCACCUACUUUCUCUUCCUCCUCGGUCUGUUAGUGUAUUGCAAAAUGUUUUUCCUCUAAGUGAAAUUAUCACAGGUUGUCUCAAUAGCACAACUAACUGAAUGUUUCUUAACUGUAGGGACCAAAAGGGAGAGAACCUGGGCUCUACAGCAGGAGACAUAAAAUCAUAUGUUUGAAUAAUCACAAAUUAAGAUAUUAUUGGCCCCGUAAAUUUGCUUAAUGUUAUUCUAAGAUCUGGUUUGAAUGUUUCUUAAUGUGGGUAUUUUAUUUUGAAAGCUAUUAUAGUUUGUGUGUUUAACAGUAAGGGGGAAAAUGUAACCAAAAUUAGUAUUCUUUCUCUAUACAUAUUGGUACUUGAAGAUUCCUUUCAGAAGAAACCCCAGCCUUUUCCUAAUUUCAAUACUUGAUUCCUUGUUUUAACUUAAGUGAUCUUUCUAAUUCAAAAGCUGUGUUCUUUUUGAAUACCAUGCAUGGGGGUUAAGCUGAUGUUAAAACAGUUUGCAAUAAAAAAGAAUCAGCUUAAGUCAUUUAAUCAUUUCAAGUGCAUUCUGUGUCCUAUAAAAAUAAGUUUGAGAAAUUUAGAGAAUUGUGUUUUCAUUGAGUUUUGCAUAUCUUUUGUUAUGCCAUGUAAAUUCCCUUCUUUUUCGUAUGAUUAAAGAAAGGUUAUGAUAAAAUGAUUAGUUCAUUUGCAUUCACUUGUAGCAAUUACAUGAGAAUUUGAAUUUUGUCGUGUUUGGGUUUGUUCAUUCCUGUGAAUGAUGGUACAGUUAGGUGAGAUUUUCUGUUAUGGUACCCAAACUCACCAUUUGGUCCUCUUUAAUCUUUGAGGGUUUCAAUAAAAAUUGUUCACUCA